UGUGGGAUACAAAAUGGCUGCUUUGUGUUGCUGUUUAUAGUUGAACUUCUCCCCCAAGUAAAUGUAACCUGGAUUCCGUCGUUUUGAAUAAUUCUUUUUUUUUGGCUCUCGAGGCGCUGAAGUCAUGGUUAAUUUAAUCGCGGGGUCGGCGGUGUUCCGAAGCGUCCUGAGGUGGAACCUGAGGCCGACUGCGUCCGGCUGGUGGCAGCAGCAGCAGCACAGACAGGCGCACGAGCAAGAUGCUGCGAAGCGCCGAUUCGUGUGUUUCAGGCUGAGCCACAGGGCACUGCUGAGGGUGCAGGGCCAGGACACGGCGGCCUUUCUGCAGGGACUCAUCACCAAUGACAUGAACGCGCUGGGCCGAGCGGGGACGAGGUCGCUGUAUGCGCACAUGCUGAACGUUCAGGGCAGGACCAUGUUCGACAUUAUCAUUUACAGUUUGACAAAGACGCAGGAUGAAGAAUUGGCCAUCUUACUGGAAUGUGAUUCCACUGUGACUGACUCCAUCCAGAAGCACCUGAAGGUGUACAAGAUCCGGCGAAAGGUGAACAUCAGCCCCUGCACCGACCUGGCUCUGUGGGCAGUCCUUCCCAGUCCUUCCGGGCAAGAUGCAGGAGCUGUGAGCCCAGAGCUCUUGUCCCCCACGGCAGCAGUCGUUUGGGACGAGGACCCCAGGACAAAGGCAAUGGGCUGGAGGCUGGUGACGGACAAAAACAUAAGUCCCAUGGAGCUGAUUGCCUGCUGCCAGCAGGGGGAGACAGAGGAGUACCACUGGCAUCGCUACACUAUAGGACUACCAGAGAGUGUCUCAGACCUGCCCCCUGGUGUGAUGCUGCCCCUAGAGGCCAACUUGGUCUACAUGCAAGGGAUCAGCUUCAGCAAGGGCUGCUACUUGGGCCAGGAGCUGACAGCUCGCACCCACCACACUGGCGUCAUACGGAAGCGGCUGAUGCCUGUGUGCUUGUCGGCCCCUCCUGACCAGGGCCCACCGCAGGGCGGGAUGCCACUGGUGACACGGGCAGGGAAACCAGCCGGGAAGCACCUGUGCACCUUAGGCGACCGUGGCCUCAGCCUGGUCCGCCUUGACUACGCCAAGGAGCCACUGGUGCUGCAGAACCCAGGGGGUACUGCUGUGACUGUAGAGGCAUCUGUACCAGACUGGUGGCCGGCAGACAGCAAAGGCAGCUGAGUGACCACAGAGCCUUGUUGGGCAGUUGUCAAACUGCAACUGAUUUAUUUAGCACUGGAGCUGCAGCUACUGUGAGAUCAGUUUGUUUACUGGAUUUACUGUAGCGAUGACUGCAACUGAACAAGCUUCACAAAGUAUUUUUGUUUGCAGAGGAUGAUUAUUGAUGGUGUAUUUCUCCUGAGGGACUGUUUGAGUAGCUGUACUCUUACGGAUCAUUACCAGUCACUGUGACCAUAGUAAUUCCUUAUCACGAUUCGUAUGCACUAAUGUAUUUAUACAGAAAUGUUGAGCGGGAUUCAUUGUACAACUUAUUUGACCACACAGUUGGUGAUAAGUUAAUGAAUAUGUUGUCUGUUUCUGAAGCAUAUUAUGCAUAAAUGGAAGUGGUAAAAAUACCAAAGCUGACAAAGAUGAUUUUUAAAAUGACAUGGCGUGAAUAAACUUAAAGCUACAACUAUGUAUUUGAAUGUGACUGGAUCACAUGAGGGG